UGCACACGGUACGAGGUUCAUCGUGCACCGCAGCCCCCCACCGAUCUAGGGUUAGCGUAGGCCGACGGGAAGCACCACCUCCGCCGCUGCCCACGCACACACACGCCCCUCCACCAUGGCCACCGGCUCGGGCUCAUCGAGCCAAGGAGAAGGAGAGUACCACCUGAUGAGUUGCCUCAAGGAUGUUCCAACCCUCAGAGGCGAUAACUACACUGAAUGGAGAAAGAAAGUUGACUUGGCUUUUGUUUGUGCUGAGGUGGACUGGGUUGUGGACACUCCACAGCCGGUCAAACCAACAGAGCCAGUCAGAGAUGCAAAAGAUAAUGAUGCUGCCUGGGAGAAAAAGAAGAGGGGUCAUGCUCCAGUGGAGAUGUCAUAUUCCAUCGACAACCAAAAGUGGCUCACCGCCAAUAAAAAGUGCAUGGCUUUCAUAAAGAACACAAUUGAAAACGGUAUUGUGGGCUCAAUUGCAGAGUGUACUUUCGUAGGGGAGUUUCUUGAAAAGAUAAAGAACUAGUUCACUAGUUCUUCAAAGAUA